AUGGCUCCUCUUGCAGUGGAUCUGGGAGCGGAUAAGGGCGUCACAGAAUUGUGUACGGCCAGGUUCAAGCGCAGAGAAAUUGCCGUGCUUAAGGCGUUGGUACACGACUCGUUUUGGUACUCGUACGUGAUGCCUGGCGGCGAAGAAGUUCGAGUGCCUUUGGGCGGUAACGAGACCAUGCUCUACGGCCAUAAGACCUUCCACGUGUUCGUGGACGAACGGCUCAAGACGCAGGAUCUGAAAGAGGCCGCAGAGCACGGAGAUGAAGAACAUCGGACAGGGGCUUUGCGGGAGCAACCCAGAUAUGUCAAAAAGAUCGCCGUCGUACCUUCCGUUCUAGUCCCUCUUAAAGAAGAUAGCGAGUUCCGCAUGACCUACGACGUCAUUCACUACCCCUACCAGGAGUGGCCCACCAACUCACGGAACCUCAUACUACUUUACAACUCCUUCUGCGUCCUAGCACUCCUAGCAGCCUUGGCCACUGCUUUGCGCGCCGAACUCUUGCGUAAUCCGAUGAAGCAUUUUGAUCCUAGGCAAGGCCUCAAACGUCAAGAAGUUUUGGCAGUACUCGUGGGAACCGGCACUCAGCUCAUUUUGGCCUUCGCAAUCGUUUGCCUCCUCGGACAACUCAACCUGCUCCUGUUCGGGGCACAACCCUUCGGGGUAUACGCCUGGCUCUGGGCAUUCACCAUUGCCCAAGUAACCAAUGGCUUUUCUGUCUUCCGUCUUUUCAGACUCUACCGGAUUACCCAGCGAGUCUCCGCCGUCGUGUUUGCAGCGCUCUUGGCCGUGCCUCUAGUCUGUGUCGUCGCCAUCUGGCAACUCAAUGACAUCUAUGGGGCCAUACAAAGCAGCAGAAACAUAUCCAACCUCAGACUCCUCCUCAAGACUGUGUUAUACAUUGGACUCUUGCUGGUGCCCUGUCAUUACCUAGGCGCGCUUUUGAGUCAACAAUUUUCUCGUACACGUGACUUUAAGGAGCCUAUUUUGCACGUGACUGUGGACAACCUGGCACCACAGAGCAUUCGGACGGCGUUUGUUGGUCUCGCUGGCGUGUUUACUUUCGGAGCAAGCUUGCCUCUUCUUAGAGAGUUCUACGACACAGCAUUCGGAUAUAGAACAGAAGCUCCGAAUCCUGUCGUAGUGUUCCUUUCGCUAAUAGCCUGUAUUGGUGUAACAGCUUGUGUUUCAAUCGCGUGCAUCCAGAUCUACCUUCAAUUCAAAAACCCGGAAUGGACCAGUGUACCCGUGUACUUGGGAGCCGGAACAGCGGUAGCUGUUAUGUUGUACACCCUAUGCUGGAAUAUCUUCUCUAUUGAGCUGACCCUUACAAAUUUCAUAGAAUACAUUGUGCUUUCUCUGUUUGUUGGGGCAUCUGCCUCAGCCGUAUCCUAUUACACCGGCGAGGUCUACACUAGCUUUUUGGAAACUGACCUCAGCGAGUAA